AUGCCGCAAUUACUGCCCUCUGAACACCGUGCUCUUGUUCUUGACAGCCGCGAGUCCGGUUUUCAGAUCAAAAAUCUGGCAACACCUCAACCAGGUCCCGGGAGCGUUGUUGUCCGCAUUGCUGCAGCUGGAAUCCUACCUUAUCAUCGUGAGACCUACAAUGGUAAGCGUCCGAUGCCAUUUCCAACGCCGCUUGUAGGUGGUUUCGGCGCAAUUGGUCAUAUCGCUGCUGUUGGAUCUGACGCGACGACUUUGCAAAUCGGACAACUUGUCUAUGUUGAUUGCGUUAUACGUGCACGCGAUGAUCCGGGAAGUUUUUUCUUGUCCGCUAUCUAUGAGGGGCCGAGUGAUGGCAGCAAAAAGUUAAUGCGGGACGUUUGGCGGGAUGGAACGUUCGCAGAGUACGCCAAGGUACCACUGGAGAACUGCUUUCCACUUGACGAAGCAAGAUUGUGUAGCGAUUUAGGAUAUUCACUUCAGGACUUGGUGUAUAUCGCAUUUCUGCUUGUGCCGUAUGGUGGGCUCAGGGACAUUAAACUCGAGCCGGGCGAUACUAUCAUUAUAUGCCCAGCAACAGGGUUCUAUGGUAGCCUAGGCGUGCAAGUCGCGAUUGCGAUGGGUGCGAAGGUUAUUGCAUUGGGUCGCAACACUGAAAAGCUGACCAAAUUGAAGGAGGAUAUCAAAAGCAGGUCGCUAGGGGCGAACAUUGAGACCGUACAAAUAACAGGCGAUGAAUAUGAGGAUAUCACUGCUAUUAAAUCCUAUGGUACUGUGGAUGCUGUUUUGGAUAUUACGCCAUCGGAGGCGUCUGUAUCGACACACACGAGAAGUGCAAUAAGAGCAUUACGUCGAGGUGGAAGAGUCAGUUUGAUGGGAUCCACUAAAAACAUCGCCGUUUCGGAGAUCUUGGUCAACAACAUCACACUGAAAGGUGAGUCCCUUGGACGAGUUUACAAUACUUUUGCUGAAAUUUCAUCCGCCCAAAGGAAAAAUGAUGUAUGA